AUGAAAAAUAGACCCUUUCCUUUCGUUGUAAUAUUUCUUGCGAUUUACCUUAUACUUACAUAUAUGCUAUGUUUUCCACCUAGUGAUCAAUUGGUCUAUGAGGAACAAAAAAAUGUUGUUGAUGAUGAUGUAACAAGUUCUUUUUCAAGUCCUUCAAGUUGUUUAGUUCCAAAUGAUGAUGUUAAUUCUAAUGAGGAAAGAUACAUGACAUACUUGCCACAUAGUGGAUUUCAUAAUCAAAGAAAUAGUCUUGAAAAUGCGGUUUUCUUAUCAUGGAUGUUGAAUCGUACAUUGAUCAUGCCACCAAUCCUUUUUUCCAAGAAGAACUAUAUUCCUUAUCGUCCAUUUGAAGUUUUAUAUGAUAUGUUAAAUGGUAAUUUAACUAAAAGCACGAGGUUAUGUGAGAUCAGAGGUGUUGAGGAUCAAAGUUGUAAGUUUACGCAAUUAGAUUGGGAAGAAUUAUUGAAUUUUGAAUUUAUAAAGAAACAUAUUCGUUAUAUUUAUCGUAAUGAUACGAAAUUUGAUGUCAAAGAACUUUAUUCUUAUUUAAAUAUUACGAACCCUGAAACUCAAGUUUACACAUUGGCAGACGAAACGAGAUAUGAUUUUCAAUAUUAUGAUGACGAGAAUAUCACUCAAGUAUCAAAUGAGAAUUUCAAAUAUCUGAUUCAUUUGUGUUCCUUACGAAAACGUAAAGACAAACUUAUACACUUUGGUUCGAUUUAUCAUACUCUUAGAUUUAAUUUAAAAUAUCAAGAGAAUAUUGAAUUUAUUAACUCUGUUAGAGAAAGCAUGAUAAUUAAUCAUCCUGCUUUGUUGGACGUUGGCGAAAAGAUUUCCAAACAAUUAGGUGGAAAAGGUGCAUAUAUUGGCGUACAUAUGAGAUUAGGUGAUAAUGGUUUGGAUAGAAAAUUCGGCGCGAAAGCGGAAGAAAAUGUGGAUCAAAUCAUAAAGAAAUUAUUAAAUGAAUCUCAAACAACUCCAUUGGAUGUUGGCGAAGUUUACUUGGCAAAAGAUUUAUUUCCGGAAGGAACUACUAUAUAUGCCGAGGAAUGUUUACGGUCAAUUACUCCGGAGCAACGUCAUUUACCUAUCAUUUACCUUGCUAGUGAUAAACCUCGUAAAGAUCCGAGAAUAAAGAAAUUCCUUAGAGAAUUUCCUUGCGUAUUUAUGCUAUCUUCAAAUUUUACAAAAUAUUUAAGUGCAUUAAGAAAAAUAAAAAACCCUAGAGAUGGUGCUUUAUUAUUUCAAUACUUUGUUCCGUUCAUUGAUGGGAUUGUAGCCGCGAGAGGUGGUAAAUUUAUUGGCACACCCGAAAGUACCUUUUCAGAUUACGUUGAUCGAUUACAUCACAGUUGGGUUGGGUCUUAA